UUGGUUUGUCGAGGUACUAUGACAACGGCAACAAAAAUGGCGGUGUUGCUUCGUUAGUUUCUGUGGCUUUUCAUUUUAUCGUCGAGUAAUCAAGUUCAUCCACGUUUCUGUUUAGUAGGGCUGACAGAGAAUGUCUCUAUUUAAAGCCAGGGAGUGGUGGUCUACAAUAGUGGGCAAUAAAGAAGAAUUUGACCAAGGAUGUUUAUGUGUUGCAAAUGUUGACAAUAGCAGUAGUGUACAAGAUAAAAUUAUUGUAGGCAGUUAUAUGGGAUUUCUUAGAAUCUAUAAUCCCCAUCCUAUAAAACCUGGACAUGCUAUGCAAGCUCAAGAUAUGCUCUUGGAAGUACAAUUAUGUGAGCCAAUAUUACAAGUGGAAGUAGGAAAAUUUGUUUCUGGCACAGAAUUGCUUCAUCUGGCUGUGUUGCAUUGCAAAAAAUUAUGUAUCUACGCUGUCUCAGGAAGCUUAGGAAAUACAGAACAUGGCAACCAAUACCAGCUAAAACGUAUGUAUGAGCACAAUCUUUAUCGAACAGCAUAUAACAUGACACAUGGACCAUUUGGAGGUAUAAAAGGUCAAGAUUUGAUUUGUGUACAGUCUGUGGAUGGAAUGCUUAUGUUGUUUGAACAAGAAAGCUAUUCGUUUGGCCGUUUCCUUCCUGGCUUUCUUCUUCCUGGUCCACUGACAUAUAGUUCUAGAACAGAUUCAUUCAUUACUGUCUCUUCCUGUCGACAAGUUGAGAGCUACAGGUAUCAAGUACUUGCAUUAGCAAAAGAUGCUGAAAUACAAGAAACUGAGCAACAAAAAAUUGGAUCUGGAAAAAAACUUGUGGUGGACUGGAUUUCAAACAUUGGAGAGCAAGCCCUGGACGUAUGUGUUGUUUCAUUUAAUCAGCUUGUUUCCAGCAUAUUUGUUCUUGGGGAGAGAAAUUUGUUUUGCUUUAAGGAUAAUGGACAAAUUCGGUUCAUUAAAAAGCUUGACCACAGCCCAAGUUGCUUUCUUCCAUACUCAGUGUCUGGGACUGCCAUAAACACAUUGAUUGGAAAUCACAACAGCAUCCUACAUGUUUAUCAAGAUGUGACUCUGAAAUGGGCAACUCAGCUUCCUCAUAUUCCUGUGGCAGCACGACUGGGGAAAUUACUAAAUUUGAAAGGUGUGAUUGUUACACUGAGUGAUAGUGGCUAUCUACAAUGUUCUUACCUUGGUACUGAUCCUUCUUUAUUUCAAGCUCCUAAAGUUGAAGCUAGGAAUAUUAAUUAUGCAGAAUAUGAUGCAGAAAUGAACAAACUCCAGAAAAUCAUUAAAGAAGUCAGGAAAAUUAAAGAUAUCCUGCCUAAGUCUGAAAAAAGUGAAGAUUUUGCACUUGGUGUGACAGUCUUGCCUGAUCUGGAUUCAGUUUCUCAAGCUGUUGACAGUGAAAUUAAAGCAGGGGUGAUUCCUUCUGUGACGAUAAAGAUUGAAGUUGAAAGCAGACUACCAACACUUACAAAAUUAACAGUAUGUGUCCCAUGUCCUUUAGCAUUGACCCAAAAUUCCUUCAUUUUCGAAUUAGAAUCUUCUGUAUCUAAAACAGUUGUACUUUCUGCUUUUCGAAAAGGGAAUUACUUACCAGCAGAUUUGGAAGGUAGUGUUAUAGCAUCAUACAAUACAGCGACAGGUGCACCAAGGGUUGCCCAAUGCACAUUCCGAUUACCUUUGCGGCUGGUUUGUUUUCCUGCUCAGCCUUUAAAAACAGCAAGCCAGAAGUUAACUAUUGAUACCAACAAACCUACAGUCAGCCUUAUUACUCUUUUUUCAGACUUUGCUGAUCAAAUUGAUGAAGAUCAACUUAAUGUUUUAGGAUUUCAGUUAUUAGCUGGCUCCAGAAUCACUUUACUUGCUUCGAAAACUUCUCAGCGUUACAGAAUUCAAAGUGAUCAAUUAGAAGACAUUUGGCUAAUUACAAAAGAACUCACUCUUCGUCUUGAGCAACAUUUUGGGAGGCAAAAUUGUAAAGAUUUUGUAUGUACUUUUUCUGGCCCAAUCCCUUUACAAGACUAUUUUGAUAUAAUUGAUCACCAUUUUGAGCUGCGUUUGAAUGCUAUGAAGUAUGAGCAACUAUUAGCUGAAAGAGCCAUACAAUUUAGAGCUAUUGAACGGUGUUUACUGACAAGGUUUAAAGAUAAAACUCCGGCUCCACUUCAACAUCUGGAUACCUUGUUAGAAGGAACAUACAGACAGGUAAUAGCUCUAGCAGAUGCAGCUGAAGAAAACCAAGCCAUUAUGUUCCAGGCAUUCACAAAAUUAAAAAGUGCCACCCAGCUGGUAAUCCUGCUGAUUAGUCUAUGGCAAAAACUGAGUGCUGACCAAGUUUCUAUUCUGGAAGCUACAUUUCUGCCAUUAACACAGAAUACUCAAGAGUUGGGUUGGGAAGAAACUGUGGAUGCUUCUAUCUCUCAUUUGUUAAAAACAUGUCUGUCCAAGAAUUCUAAAGACCAUGCUCUUACACUUUUUAAUCAAUUAUGUAUCCCCAAGGAUACUAAUAGAUUGAAGAAGCACAUAACUUUACUCUUCGAUAGACUGGCAAAAGGUGGUCGUAUGUCUCUAAACACAGACCUAGACUGUCACCAACCUAUGCUUUUGUCAGGUAGCUGUGAUACUAUCCCAGAGUCCGAUUUUGAGGAAAGACCAGCCACACAAAACUCAUCAAUGUUUGUCAAUGACAGGAAUGUGGAUAAGCAAGAUAACAAACCCGAGACUAAGUAAACAGUACUGGAGGCUGUAGCCUGCAUUUGUAACAUCAUUGUAAAGUUGAACUUUUACAAAUGUUGUGCAUAAAAUUGAAGAAUAAAAUUUUAGAAUAAUUAAGUAUUUUUAGCAUCUGUGUAGCAACAAUACCUGGAAACUCUGUUAUAAUUAGUUAUAAUAUAAAUAAGCUGAGCUAUACUUUUCUGACUAAUGUGUACUUCCCAAAUUUUGCAAAAUGAAACUUCUCAAAACUUGUUUCAUAAUGCAUUCAAAUUGUAUUGAAUGAUGUGCUUAGUUAUACAUUUCAAAAUAAAUAUUGAAAUAACAAUGUGUGUAUCUUUUACAAGAUGUAUAUUCUGGAUGGAAUGGAAUAGUGAAUGAUUAUGUAUAAAAGCAACAUAAAUCAGAAAUAGCUUCUUUCUGCCUGAGCAUUUUAUUUUAUACAUUUUUCUUGGUGAAAAGUAUGAUACCAGUAAACUGGGGUUGAACUCUUUGCUUUGGCAACUGCAGUGGAAAGAUAUUUCUGUUUUGAUCUUUGUUUUUAUAGCCAUCUAGAAAUAAUUAUAUGACAGAUUGUCAUAUAAGUCCAAUAAAUAAAUAAGUGCCUGAGAAACAACUUAAAAUAUUUUUAAGUUUCUGCCUUACAAUCUGUUUAUCUCCCAAAUAUUAAGGCAUGUCAAUACAUAUUUUGGUAACAUUAACUUUUGAUGCAGCCUUCUUGGUAGAAAGGAAGAAAACUAGAUAGAUGAGGUAUAUGUGAUUACUGAACUUGAAAAGAAGCUUCUGGAGAAGUUGCCAAGUUUUUGUGAUGCAUUAGUAUUGUGAAUUACUAGCCAGGAAUUUAUAUUUGCAUGCAUGUCUGAUAAAAAAUAAUUUUGCCAUUGUAAAUGCAUAAAAAGAGUCAGUUUGGUAUAGUGGUUAAACUAUCAAGAUAGAAAUCAGGACACUAAAUUCUAGUCCUACCUUAGGCACAAAUUCAGAUGGGUGAUCUUAGACCAACCACUUUUUCUCAGCCCUAGGAAGGGGGCAAUGGAAAAUCACUUCUGAAAUAUCAUUCAAAGAAAACUGCAGGGAUUUCAAGCAGUCUCUGAGUCAGACACAAUUCAACGAAAGAAACAAAUAAUAUACUAAUUAAGUAUUUCAAAUUAAAACAAUUGAUAUGUGCAGCCUAAAUAUUAAUGUCAGCAGAAUUAUUUUUAGUGGAUUACCAUCAGCAUAAUUCUCAGCUUUAUAUAUUUUGUCCAAUCCUAAACAUUUUUAAUGAGGCAAAAAUAAAAUUAAAAAAUCAGAGAUUUGGUUUCAUUAAGUUAGUAUAUAAUGUAGAAUAUGUAAUACCAUCAAAGUGCUAUAUAUUCAGAAUUAAUAAAGAUAGAUCUCUGCUUUAAGAAUUUCACAAUUGAAUGUGAAUUUUUUUCUGGAAUAAGUGACAAAGAAAAGAAAAAUAAUAAAAUUGAGAUAGGACUAAAGUAAAGAAAUAUCUAUGUAUUUUAAGUAUUUACUUUAAAUAUCUAUUUUGAGUCUGUUGGGACUUAAGAAUAAGCAGAUUACAUUGUUAGUUUUUAUUGGGCCUAAAAAGUCCAGUUUGUAGAUUGUAUGAUUAAAAUGGUAAAUUGACUGCUUAUAUUGGCAUAGUCUCACUAAAGUCAGUAGGCUUGUGCCAAUGUAAGCUGCCAUAGAAUGGCUGCAUUAAAUUAAUAGUUUUGAUUAACUAGUUUGUCAGAAAUUAAAAGCGAACUUUUACUCUAUGGACUGCACACUUGACUGGUCUCCUUCUCCAUCAGUCUCAAAGAACAAGAGGUAAAAUAGGGUGGCCUAGACAUGAUUCAUCAGUUAUUCUACAAUGCAGCCAAAGGAUACAGGAUGUGGCUCAUGAACAGCAUGAAAUAAUCCUGCUUCAUGUAUAUAACCCAUGGUAUCAAAAAUACACCACAGGGACUUAUUCUGUACGUAAUUGUAUUUACCCAUAUUUGAAUGAAUCUUGUAGAGGGGGUUGAUUUGUUCCAGAAUGUUUUGCCAGAUUUUAAAUGUGGAAAUACUAUUUCUUAUAACAUUAUUUUGGAUUUCUUAAUGUUCUGUCAGUUGGAAUUGAAUUAUAUGGUUAAAAUAUUCAGUUAAUCUUUACAUUUAAAAUGUAGAAUUUCUUCUUCAUGAACAUUCAAUGAAUUUCUAGUUUUUUUUAGUAGCUAUCU